CGGCCCUGAGUGGGGAGACGGGCCGGGCCGGGCAGCGCUCCCAGCACGGCGCUGGAGGGGUUCGGCAGGGCGAGGCUUUCCGCCCAGCAAGGAGGGGCCGGGGAGACGGCUCCUGGAGCCAGACUCGCUCCCGCUGCAGAACCAGGGCGGUCGGGAGCCUGAAGGUGCCUUGGGCCCAAGAGGCGGAGUCAGCGUGACAGGAGGGAGGCCCGGGGCUGGGUGGUGACCAGGCCCCGCCUCCCCGCCCAAGGCUGCGGUGGUGACAUUCCUAAUUGUCGGUGACUGACUCAGCCUCGCUUCAAAGGUCUGGGUCAGGCCCGCAGCCCCCGUCACUCUGGAAUUCUGCUUCUCGGGGGAGCCGGCCCGCCCGAAGAGUGCUCCUCGCCCGGCCGGUGCCUCCCGCCCGUCCCGUCCACACCCGCCCCAGCCAUGGCCGUGCAGGUGCCCCUGUGGCAGCACUACCUGCAGGCCAUCCGCUCGCGGGGGGCACGGCGGGCGCAGGACUUCCAGCGUGCGGAGAACGUGCUGCUCACGGUGCUGGAGCACGUGCACCACCUGGACCCCCGCUUCCUCGUGGACUACUCCCGUGACCUGGAGGCCUUCCAGUUUGCCCUGCGCACCUCGGAGGAGCCCCUGCACGUGGAGGUGCCCCUGCGGGUGGACGCGGACGCCCUGCUGAUUGAGGAGGUGGGGGCCGCCGAGGCGGGCGACGGCCCUGCGCCCUGCCGCCUGGGUGUCUCCAGGGAAGGGGCCCGCCCGGAACGGCGGAUGGCCGAUGACGUCCUCAGCGUCUCCUCCGAGGGUGGCGCCGGGUGCCGCGGCCACAUCGCGCCCAGCAAGGUCCUGCGCGUCCUCAAGGACCUUCUGGUGGCGGCCGUGGUGCACUGCAGACACCAGGGCCUCGUCACGCCAGGUUCUCUGAACGCGGACAGCCUGGAGGAGAAGGAGUCCCACCUGUCCCUGCUCGUGUCUAGCGGCUGGCGAACCAUCCGGUUCAACAUCGUGCCCAUGGUGCGGAGAAAGCUCGGGGUGCCCGCCCUGGAGAGGGCUCAGUGGAUGCGCGGGUUCCCUGAAGGCAGCUUGAAAAGGAUCAUCGGCCAAGAAGCGGCCCUGGUGCCAGCCAGUGCCCAGCACUGGAGGGUCUCCACGGACUACCUGCUCACCAGGCUGCUCGGUGCACUGGGCUCCCUCCCGGGCCACCGUCUAGACGGCCUCUCCAUCCUGGACCGGGUCAACCACGAGAGCUGGCGCGACGGCGGCCAGAGCCCCGGCCUGAACUUCAGUCACCUGAAGACGGUGCUGCUGUGGGCAUCCGCGCUCUUCCCGGCGCCCGAGGACUGGGUGGAGCUGCAGGGCGCCGUGUACCGGCUGCUGGUGGUGCUGCUCUGCUGCCUGGCCACCGGGAACCUGCCACACUUCGUCUACCCCAAGCGGAACCUGCUGAGCGACGCCGGCCUGGACCUCAACGCCCUGUACCAGCGCGUGGAGCGCUUCGCCAGCCAACCCGAGGCGUCCCUGCGCAUCCACGUGACCCACCUGGGCCGCGGCCCCCCGCCGCGCAUCGGCAACGGGGUCAAGGCCCUCCUGCAGCUGCCUGCCAGCGACCCUGUCUACUGGGCCACCGCCUACUUUGAUGUCCUGCUGGACAAGUUCCAGGUCUUCAACAUCCAGGAUGAGGACCGGAUCUCGGCCAUGCAGAGCAUCUUCCGGAAGACCAAGACCCUGGAUGGCAAGGAGUGCUGAGCGGCCUUGCCUUUGCUCGGUCUUCACCACCCACAGCCGGGCUGCACGGCCCCGCGGAGGACCCGGGACACUUGGGGAAGGGAAUGGGCUUCACCCCGAGGCAGGUGAUGGGCGGUAGAGACGGCCACCUCAGACUGCCCGGGGGAUGGCCUCCCGGGACUCUGGGAGCGCCGGGCAGCAGGUCCCCCCAAGCAGCUGCCUGGUCUCCCCAGGGCCUGGGACGAAGGCGCCUUGUAUUUCACAAGACGCGUGUGGGUCUGUGUGAUGUCAUCAGACUCUCAGAGCCAAGCGUCUGCCUGAGACCUGGAGCUCGAGGGCUUGUCCCGACCUGAGUCCCAUGCUCCUCCGUGGUGAUGUAAUGCUAUAUAUCUGAUCUUGAAUAAAUUAACGCGCCGGGUAGGCUCGGUGGGGACGGCA